GCCCCCACCCCCCACCCCCAACCUUCUCUUUUAGCUAAACCGCCGGGUUGUCGGGGAGAAGCCCUUUGACGACAAAACUGGACCGACAGGUUCCUGGGAAGCAGCUGUCGGAGCGAGACUCAGCGAGCUGGUGUUCAUCAGGACUGGUCGCUUCACUGAGGUGAGGGCAGGAACGUGCCGGGGAUCCCCGAGGCGCAGGGGGCGAGCGGCUGGGCCUCCACUCCCGCCAGGGUGGGUGGGGAGGAGGAGGAGACCCGGCCCGCGAAGCCUUCCGCGGGCGAAUAGCCGGGCGCCAUGGCCGCGUCGCAGCUGGAGUGCCUGGAGGAGGACAACGUCAACGUCCAGCUCUCGGAGUGCUUCCCCCAGUUCGUCUACUGCGAGAGGCAGCGCCACGCCCUGGAGGCCCUCAUGGGCGAGGGCCUGGGGGCUUUCCACCAGUGCGUCAAGCGGGAGGGCCUCCGCCCCUUCCUGUCCGCCGAGGAAGCCCGCCGCAUCCACGCCAGCGCCGAGGACUACCGACACGGCAUGGGGGCAGCGGGGCCUGGGGAGGGGGAGGGGGAGGAGGGCAGCGAGAAGGGCCAGGACCUCUCCCUCACCUACUGGCCUGUCAAGUCGGACACCCAGGCCCCCUACCUCGCCCUGGGCUGGCCGGAGACGGGCAUGUGGAGGGGCAUCACCCGGGUCACCGUCUACACCCACCCGCCCAUGGAGAACACGCCGACCAUCAAGGAGGUCAUACGGAAGCUUCUGCAGAAGGCAAACCAGGUGACGGCUGUUGUCAUGGAUACCUUUACGGACGUGGAUAUAUUCAUGGACCUGGUGGAGGCAGCUUCUCGGCGCAGGGUCCCGGCCUACAUCCUUCUCAGCCAGACCAACCUGCCGCAGUUCAUCACCAUGACCGAGGGGACUGGAACCAAACUGCUGCUCCUGGAUAAUAUCAGUGUGCGGGUCCUCUCUGGCUGCUCAUUCUGCUCCCGGAAAGGGAAGAAGGUAACAGGUGAUGUGAAAGAGAAGUUCUUGUUGGUGGAUGGGGAGACAGUCAUCACCGGCUCCUAUAGCUUCACCUGGGCAGACGCCAGACUUGACCGAAACUUGGCGACCCUGCUGACGGGUCAGGUGAUCGACGCCUUCGACCGAGAGUUCCGGACCCUCUACGCCGCCAGCAGACCCCUCCGGCUGAGCGACUUCAGCCGGCCCGCCCCCGCUGACCCGCCCCCAGCCCCUCCUCCGCUCGCCAACGGCUACAGCCCGGGCGGCCCCGCCCUGCCGCGGCCGGAGCCCCUCCCCCCGCCCGCCCGCCGCCGCCACAUGGGGGCGCCGGCCCCGCCCCCACCCGCGCGCCCCUCCCGCCACGUGGCCGACCCCGGGCGGGCCGGACCCCGCCCCACCUUCCGGCAGACUGUGACCUUGUGGAGGGGGGCCAAGGGCGCCCACGGGGCUGAGACCUCCCAGGCCCUGAGCGACAUCCUCCGGAGGGCCCGGCAGGCGGCCAGCGGUCCCAGCGCGCCGCCCCCCAAGGCCAGCAAGUCGAUGUGGGACCUCUCCGCCCUCUCGCAGUUCUCGGACACCAGCUUCGGCAGCAACUCGGCGCUUGACCACCUGGAGCUGGGCGAGGAUGCCAAGUCCCGCACGGUCACGACGCUGGCGACACCGGCCGCCACCCUCAUGAGGCACCGUGACGCCCUGAAGGACGAGGAGGUACCCGCCAAGCCCCGGACGCCCAGGACUUUCUACCCGACGCGCCCGCUCGCCUUGGUCUCGCCCGCUAACUUCCGACGUGGCACCGCCCGGGCCUGGGGGCCGAAGAACAGGGCAGUGGAUGCAAGGCUGGCCCAGCGGUGAAGGACUCGAGGGACGAACUGGACCCGCACCCCUCCCACCACCACCCCCCACCCCGUCCCACGGUGAUGUAUGACGUGCGGGUGGUGUUCGGUGGAGGGAGACG